GGGACGCCGAGGUAAGAGCAGCAGGAACAUCGCGUCGCGUGACCCUCCUUUCACCCGCCGCCCCGACCAGAGCUGGGUCCUCAUGGCCACUUUGGGGCGCGUCGGGUAGAUAGUGCCACUGUCUGCUUCUGCCCGCCUCCGCUCCUGCCGGGGACCCCCCAACUUCGGUCCCCACUGAUAGCUACUGGGAGAAAGUUCCCAGAGCCACUUCCGGGAGGGAGGCGCCACCUGUCUGGGGCGCGCCCUGUCGCUGGACUUCUCCAAGGCAGUGUCUCUAGCCACUUGGCACGGACCCGGGUACCACCGCCGUCAGCAAGAUCCUUACGCCGGAGACCGCGUCUUUUAAACUGCGCAGCGGACAGUCUUGAGAUGAGAGGCGCCCGCCCAGGGCUUAAGGUGAUCCGGAAUGCCGAGUAGCCAGAAGCUAGAAAGAAGAUCUGGGCCCGGCACAAGCAGUCUGCAGAGCCCUUCACAGUAAUGAAUCAGCGCAUUUACAGAGCAAUGGAAGAGCACAAGGAAAGACCCAAGCGGCCGAGGCAGAAGAACUUCUCCAUGUUUCCCUCUCCCAAAGCCUGGAAUUUCAGAGGGCGGAAACGGAAGCAGAGCGCCCAGGAUGAAGAUGCCGUCAGCCUGUGCAGUCUUGACAUAAGUGAACCUAGUAACAAAAGGGUCAAACCCCUUUCCAGAGUCACAUCACUAGCGAACCUCAUCCCACCUGUGAAGACCACACCAUUAAAGCGCUUCAGCCAAACCUUGCAGCGGUCCAUCAGCUUCCGCAGCGAGAGCCGCCCUGACAUCCUCGCCCCCCGAGCCUGGUCCAGAAAUGCCACCUCGUCAAGCACGAAGCGGAGGGACAGCAAACUCUGGAGCGAGACCUUCGAUGUGUGUGUCAAUCAGGCGCUCACGGCCAAGGAGAUCAAGAGACAGGAGGCGAUCUUUGAGCUUUCUCAAGGUGAAGAAGACUUGAUAGAGGACUUGAAAUUAGCAAAAAAGGCCUACCAUGACCCCAUGCUGAAACUCUCAAUAAUGACAGAACAAGAACUGAAUCAGAUUUUUGGGACACUGGACUCUCUAAUUCCUCUCCAUGAAGAGCUCCUUCGUCAGCUUCGAGAUGUUCGGAAGCCCGAUGGCUCGACUGAGCACGUUGGUCCCAUCCUCGUGGGCUGGCUGCCUUGUCUCAGCUCCUACGACAGCUACUGCAGCAAUCAGGUGGCUGCCAAAGCCCUGCUGGACCACAAAAAGCAGGACCACAGAGUGCAGGAUUUCCUCCAGCGCUGUUUAGAAUCACCCUUCAGCCGCAAACUCGAUCUCUGGAAUUUCCUUGAUAUUCCCCGGAGCCGUCUAGUGAAGUAUCCUCUGCUCCUUCGAGAAAUUCUGAGGCACACGCCAAAUGAUAACCCAGACCAGCAGCACCUGGAAGAAGCUAUAAACAUCAUUCAGGGAAUUGUGGCAGAAAUCAACACCAAGACUGGGGAAUCGGAAUGCCGCUAUUACAAAGAGCGGCUUCUUUACUUGGAAGAAGGCCAGAAAGAUUCCCUGAUUGACAGCUCGAGGGUCCUGUGUUGUCAUGGAGAGCUGAAAAAUAACCGGGGUGUGAAACUUCACGUUUUCCUGUUCCAAGAAGUGCUGGUGAUCACCCGAGCUGUCACUCACAACGAGCAGCUCUGCUAUCAGUUGUACCGGCAGCCCAUCCCUGUGAAGGACCUCACGUUGGAAGACCUGCAGGAUGGAGAAGUGCGGCUGGGUGGCUCCCUGCGUGGGGCCUUCAGCAACAACGAGAGAAUUAAAAACUUCUUCAGAGUCAGUUUCAAAAAUGGAUCCCAAAGUCAGACCCACUCGCUACAAGCCAACGACACCUUCAACAAACAGCAGUGGCUCAACUGUAUCCGUCAGGCCAAAGAGACAGUCCUGUCUGCUGCAGGGCAGGCCGGCUUGCUUGACUCCGAGGCACUGGUCCAGGGUCCCAGCACUGAGAUCGGAGAGCCACAGGGAGAAACAAAACUUGAGCAGAUGGACCAAUCGGACAGUGAGUCGGACUGCAGUAUGGACACCAGCGAGGUCAGCCUGGAGUGUGAGCGGAUGGAACAGACAGACGCUUCCUGUGCAGACAGUAGGCCGGAGGAGAGCGUCUGAGGGAUGGCUGUGACCUUGGAGGCCCGCGUCUUACCUGUACAGUGUUCGCCUUCCACACAUGACCCAUUUGGAGAGGCACUUUGUAAUACUUCUGUGCCCGUGUUGGCCUAGUUCCCCGUGUCUGCUCCUUGUCCCUAGUACUGUAACUGCCACCCAGUCUGUGUCAGCUUGCAGCAGCGCUUUCCCUGUUGCUGUACCUCACAAGCAUCUAGAUGAGUCGGGAGGAACUGACCGUGUUACUUUGGAUUGUCCAACUUUCAAACCAGGUCUCUAAACUACUGUUCUGCAUGGACUGGGCUGGCGAGGCCUUUGUCCCAUGCGUCCCUAGUGUUCCAGCUCUGAUAUAGUAGCUGAAGCCCUCGCAUGGAGGGAGCUUUGCAGAGAACUGAGAUGGAAUUUGAAGGGAAGGCAGAAAGUCUAAUUAACCCUUGGAAUGAACACGGGUUCCGUGUUAUUCAACCAGAAAACAUGAAAACGUCCCUGAGGGUUUCUGAGGUUUAAUUUUGCAGAGGAGGAAGCCUUGUUUUGAAGCCUGUGGUUUCAUCCAGUGCAAGCCGAAUGUAAUGAUCUAUGAAGACCUGAAACAGAGGUGGCUUUAGAGAGGGCUGAGACCAAAGCAGCUGCUGGACAGGCCUGGUGGCACAGGCCUACAAUCCUGGCACUUGGGGGCGGGAAGAUACAGGGUUCAAGAACAGCCUUGGCUACACACAAGUUCUGCGUCAAACUGAGCUAGUUCCACAGUAUAAACAAAGCAGAGCUAAAAGCACUUGCCAGCUCGGAAUAUUCAAUUGAAGUGGCGGGUGGCUGGGGGAGGCGUUUGUCAUGGCCAGUGGCUUGCCACUAGAAGAGCCAUUUCUAGCCUCCGACACCAGAGAGCGUCGGGCCAGGGGAGAUCUGUCAGGGCCCAUCAACAUUGGGUUUCAUCCGCCUCAGCCACUCCUGUUUUCAAGUAGAAGACUGUGACUGCACUCGUGACUCUGUUUACAAACAAGAGAGAAGGACUUGGGGGUGAGAAAUGUGUCACUGUCACCGAAGCCUCCUGUAAGAACCAGGGAAAUUGAAGUUACUCCUGAGGGUCUCAGGAUUGCCUGCUCUGCUUUCGGGGCCCUGGUUCUUGAGCUGCGGUCAGACUGGUGGCUAAUUCCCCUUGAGGCCAGUUUCGUUAGCUCUCAUUAACCAGGGUCAGCUAGCCAGACUGGAAAGUUCUUGGUUUCAGCCUUGAUUUACAGAGCAAGGAUGGGUAAGGAAAAAACUUGAGGGAGAAAAAAAAAGUUGACAAACUACACAGAACAGCUUCUUGCAAGUGUAAAUACUUAGGGGAUUUGUACAAAAUUAUACCCACACCAGCGCUAGUAGUGAUGAUUCUAAAUUAUUGCCAAAAAGUUUUUGUCGUUAAUUUCUGCAUCAAGUUUACAGAAAAGAAAGCAGCAAAUAUAAAGUUGUCCCUUUACUGUGCCACGUGUGCACUGAAAGAAGCUGUGUGACAAGAGCCACCAAUAGAAAAACAAGGUAUAUGACAUUGUUAUUUUUCAAGACAUGAUCAGUUCUACCCUGUAAAGCACAUUUCUAUAUUUAUAGAUUUUAACCGUGAUGAUUCUUUUUUUUCUAUUACAAGUUUAUUUAAAACCAUUUUGUUUCUCAAGUUGCUGACUGAGUGAAUAAACCUGCUCCAGGCAGACACAGUGCAAACCUGAGACAGGACACUGGAGGACAGAGGAAGACCUGAACUGUUCUCUGUAGAGCCGCUGGCCACUGUGGCCAGUGCGUUAUGAAAAGGUCUGUUGGGGUCAGCCUGUGGGAAGAGUGGGGACGGAUGUUUUGGUGAAAUGAAUACUUUUGUAUAAUGGCCUUAAACUUUUCUGGAAGCAUUUCAAAUAAAUUGCAUUAAAAAUA